AUGCGUCCAGAGCUCGCUGGCAGUUGGGAGCGUCUGCGCAAGUCUUGCGACACUUGCCAGGAUGCAAAGGUCAAAUGCAGUCAGCACAAACCCUCCUGCCACCGAUGUGUACGACUUCGUCAGCCCUGCGUCUACAGCCCGCAACGUCGGACCGGCCGCCCUCCCAAGAGGUCCAGUCCGGCGAGUCGCAGAGCGCCCAAUGCCAACGCCACCAGCGGUGAUACUCAACCAGGACCCACGGUAGCUAGCACGGCACAAACAAAUGCUAACCACUCCGAUGAACAUGCUAUGACGGACGCGAGGAGUGUCGAUCCCUGGGUGCUGACCGGGGACUUCACCAGUGCCGGCAUGGACCCCGUGGACGAUGUCUUCCAAUCCUCCUUUGAAGCCUUCCUGGCGGCCUCGAUGCCUCCUAAAGAUGGGUUUGCAACGAAUACGCCCAACGAACUUUCCAUAAACUCUCCCUCAAUUCCAGACCCAUUCGGCGGCUUUCCCUUUCCUAUCCCCGACUGCAAUCGCCUCAUCUCACUGCUGCCGGCAGAAGUGCCCCCCAUCGAUCAGUUGCCAGUGCUUAGUGCUGGGACUUCAAACAUAGGCGCAGAAUGCGGAGAUUGCGGCGCGAAAUGCUACACUUCAGUACUACAGCAGCUCCUGUUUCUCCGCCAGACCUUGCCCGAGACAACGAGACCCUCAAUAGACGUGAUAAUGCAGGCUGAAAGCCACGGGAGAGCACUGCUAGAUCGCGUGUUAGGAUGCAGCUCCUGUAUGAGUAAUCGCUCUUCUGUGCUGCUCAUCUCCACGAUUACGGAGCGUAUAGUUCAGAUGCUGGACUGGAUCAUCGAGGAGAAGACUUUAAUGGACACGGAAAACAUACGGUCAAACAGACGAGCAUUCAGCUCGUGGGGGCGGCCUUCACGAUUACCUGCUAGUCGAAGGAACGUUUGUCGCAUUCCAUUGCGCGUGGGUAACAACGAACUCGACGAGGAUGCGAAGCAAUACUUCCUCAAACAGUUCAUUCUGCUUCGCCUAAAGAAACUCGCGGUCAAGGUGCAGGAGGUUCGACGGGCAACUGGCACCCGACCGGGCGAUUGCAUCUACCGCGCUGCAGAAUUGGUGCUGACGGAUUCCAUCCAACGGUUGGAUUACCUACGGGGGCAGUGCCAAUUAUGGGAGUGA